AUGCUUUACAUGGAUCCCAAAAUUCUUAAGGAUCACUCAGUCGAUUUAACCAAAAAAUCUGAUAUAUAUAGCUUAGCGGUAUUAUUCUGGCAGUUAACGAGUUGUAAACCACCUUUCGAUUCUGAAACAGAAAUUGGUUUAAAGAUCUGCAUCAUUAAUGGUCAAAGAGAAAUUCCUAUCCCAAACACAAAUAGUGAAUAUGUUAGGCUUUAUCAGAAAUGUUGGGAACUUGAACCAGAUGACAGGCCAGAUAUUUCCGAAAUAGUUACUAUACUUAAGAGUAUUAGCCCCGAAAAAAAUAAUACAAUCGCCAACUUCGAAGAAAGUGAAAUAACAAAAGAAUCAGAAAACUAUAGUUUAUCAUGUCAAGUUUGAAUAUUCUUACCUUCACCGUUUUAUAUAUCAUUUUCGUUUUUUUUUUAUAUUAUGAUGUUAACAGAUUUUAGACAAAUAAAAGAAAAUCAUGAACG